AUGACUCAGACUGAGAGCCAAGAUGGCGCAGUCCGCCCGCUCGAGGUGGCCAUCAUCGGCGGCGGGAUGACCGGCCUGGCGCUGGCUGUCGGCCUGCUGCGGCGCAACGUGCCCUUCACCAUCUACGAGCGAGCCGCCAACUUUGGCGAGCUCGGGGUCGGCAUCCACUUUACUCCCAAUGCGGAGCGUGCCAUGGCAGCACUGGAUCCCCGCGUGUUGCAGAGCUACUACGACGUAGCGACGCAUGCCGAGGGCGGCUGCCUCAACUUCGUCGACGGCUUCCAUGAGCCGCACGAUGCAGAUCCACGGACUACGACGGAGGAGGUGAUGUUCCAGCUGCGCGUGGGGGAGGGGUACAAGGCCUGCCGGAGAUGCGACUUUGUGGACCAGAUUAUACAACAUAUCCCGCAAGAACAUGUUCGCUACGAGAAAUGGCUGCAAUCGGUCGAGGUGAACGAUGGCGGCAGAGCUAUCCUGAAUUUCCGGGAUGGAUCCAAGGCCGAGGCAGAUGUCGUUGUCGGCUGCGACGGCAUCAGAUCGCAGGUGCGCAACGCCAUGUUCGGCUCCGGACCCUCGAGCCCCAGAGCGCAAUACGCGCACCAGCUCGGCUUCCGCGGCCUCGUGCCCAUGGACAAAGCGGCCGCCGCUCUGGGCUCCGCAAAGACAUCAACCGCGCGGGGCCACCUGGGUCCGGACGCCUUCGUCUUGAGCAUCCCGCUUGCUGGAGUUAACGCAAUGCACGUCGAGGCCUUCGUCAUGGACCCGAAUGAGUGGCCAGAGAUCAAAACGGAGAACGACACGAAGAGAUACGUCCUGCCGGCGACCAGGGAAGAAGCCAUGGCUGCCUUUGCUGCAUUUGGUCCCACGGUGCGGACCUUUGUGUCCCUGCUGCCCGAGGAGCUGCAUAAGUGGGCUAUCUUCGACAUGCUGGAUGCCCCUGUGCCGUCGUACGCGCGCGGGUUUAUGUGCCUGGCCGGUGACGCAGCGCAUGCCUCGACGCCCAAUCAGGGGGGCGGCGCCGGGGCUGGAAUGGAGGAUGCACUGGUGCUGGCAGAGGUGCUGGCCGCACUGGCUGGUCGACCGGUUGUCAGCGCGGAGGUGAUAUCCGAGGCACUGGCGGUGUAUAGUGAGGUGCGCUACGAGCGGUCACAGUGGCUGGUUAAGAGUAGCAGGCGAGUGGCCGAGCUUUUCACCUGGAAAGAUCCGCAGUAUGGUAGCGACAAGGAAAAGAUCAGUCGUGAUAUUGCGAGCCGGAGUCAUCAAUUGUGGGACUAUGACACCGACGGUAUGGUCAUGGAUACGUUGAUGACGUUAAAGUCAAGGUUAAGCUGA